CUUUUUCACAGAGCCAAACAAUCUCCGCCUGGGCUCUGAAAUGUCAGUAAAGCCCUGCUAAAACCCUAAACCCCUCCCAGAGCCCUAAGCCGCCAUGCCCUUCCUCUCCACCAUCACCAUCACCUCUCUCUGCACCUACCUCUCCCGCCAACUCAGCUCUCUCCCAAAGAACUCAAACCUCUCUCACAUCCCCUCCAAGCACAGAUCUCAAGCCGUUCUGCUUGCCCAAAAGGCCCUCACGGACUACUUCCACUCCACCAGGUCCUUACCCUUCCUCUAUGCCGAGCACAUUGGCAGGAAUUCAUUCUAUUCUUUAUACGAUCCCAUUUCGAAGGUCGAGUUUUCCCUCUCCUCCUUCGCCAAGAGCUUCGAGAGGUUCCUCAGGUACCAUCCCAUCAACGAAUUUGAGUUUUUCUUUGAAAGCAUUGGGAUAAACCAGAAAGAAAUUUCUGGGUUUUUGCCUUCAAACAAAUUCUUCUUUGCGGAGGAUGGAAGGAUCUUGAAUGCGGCUGGUGCGCUUUCGGGUUUCGGGUUUCCAUGGAACAAGCUCGGGAUACUGUACAAGGCGGAGGCGUCGAUUUUCGAUAAGGAUUCGGCUGAUUUAUCUCGUAGGUUGUGUCGGUUUAAGGAUUAUGGGCUUAGUAAUGUAUCUGUUAUUGGAAUUUGUUUGGCUUUUCCGUUUGUUUUGGGUGGGAAGGGUGAUUUAGGUGUUGAAGCUGGUGCAUUGUUUGAUGAUUUGAAAAGGGUUUUUGUGGAUUUUGAUUUGGGGAGUUUUGUGGAGGAAAAUGUGGAUGCUUGGUAUGAGAUUUGCAGGAAAAUUAGGCUAUUUUAUGAUCUUGGUUGUGAGAAGGGUAAGAUUGGAGAACUAAUGGGGAGGAGUAGAAACAUUUUUCUCGAGUACUCAGAAGAGGGUUUAGUUAGAAAGACGGAUUUCUUUUGUAGGUUGAAUGUUAGGAAGGCAGGUAUUGGCUUGUUGCUUCUAGAGUGCCCAGAGAUUCUGAGUUUUGAUUUGGAGGCACCAGUAAUUUCAGUGAUGGGUUUUUUGAAACAUUUUGGAUUGGGGUUGCAGAAGUCGAAGUCUGUUGCCCGAAUGUAUCCAUAUGUUUUGGGAAGAAAUAAAAUGGCUAAUUUGCCUCAUGUGAUGAGAGCAUUGGAUCUUCAUGAAUGGUUUUUUGGUAUGAUGAAGAAUGGGAAUCAUCGGCUGCUGGGUAAUUAUGUUUUGAGUCAUCCUGAUGAAGACUUGGAUGAAGAUUAUAGAGUUGGCUUAGAGAAAAUUCAAUCGUCAAGAACCCCAGCUCACACAAUUAAUAAGCUGAACUUCUUGCAUGGAAUUGGGUAUGGGGAGAAUCUUUUGACCAUGAAGGUCUUGGAACAUGUGCAUGGUACUAGCAGUGAGUUACAGGAGCGGUUCAAUUGCCUUCUCCAUGCAGGACUUGAAUUCUCAAAGCUCUGCACAAUGAUAAGCUUUUCGGCAAAGAUCCUAAACCAAAAGCCAGAAAUUCUUGAAAGAAAAGUGAAUUUUCUCAUCCAGGAAAUGGGGUUAUCUUUGCAGUACCUUGAUGUUUUCCCAGCAUAUUUGUGUUUUAACUUAGAUAACAGGAUUAAGCCUAGAUAUAGAUGCCAUGUGUGGCUUGCAGAAAAUGGUUUGUGUACAAAAAAUUACUCACUUGCAAGUAUGAUUGCAACUAGUGAGAAAAGCUUCAUAGCUCGCCUUUAUGGCAUUCAUCCAGCUGUUCCCAAACUUUGGUUAGAGUGUUUCUCGCCCCAAAAAGACCAAUGAUAGUUGGCAAAGGACAUUGGCCUUAUAAUCCUUUUACCAGUUUAUUGUGAAUGAUGAACUUAUUAUUGGUCCGUAUGGUCUAGGAAUCUCACUAUGACAAUUCAGGACCAUCAUUGUGAAACGAUACUGGGAGAUAACUUGUUUCAAAAUCAUUUCAUAUUUGAGAUUAUCACAAGAUUAAGUGACCUGUCAUCGAAUAUGGUGGAUCUAUUUCGGAUCUCCACCAAGAGUAGCAGCUUUUAUUUCCUCUGCUCCUGCUUCUCAGCCAAUACGGGUAGCUUUUGGCAAAGCAGGUGGAUGGAUACAUAUAUUCUUCAGAUGAUACAACAAGCUAGUGCUCAACAUUCAGUGUAAAUUUCCUGCCUUCAAAAUGUUUAUUUUCCCACAUUAUGGUUGUUGUGAAGUGUUGCAGCAUAUAACAGGAUUCUGGGGAAGACAGCUCUUUGUUCUAAUUAUUUUCUAGUUGGAAACAUUCUAAGGUUUUUG